GGACCGCCGGCCCCUCCUGGGCGCGGCGCGCACAGCGGGGCCGGCGGAGGAGCCGGGGGUUUGGGGGGCUCCCGGCCUGACGCGCCGCCUCUCGGCUCUGCCCGCAGGUCCCGGGCCCUCAGCCCUUGCCCCGCCGCCGCCUGCCCCGGGCCCCGGAGCGCGGUGGAGGAGCCCCCCAAGGAGCCGGGGGCCCGCGCCCCGCGCCCCCCAGACAUGGUGGGCCACCUGCAUCUGCAGGGCAUGGAGGAGAGCCUCAAGGAGAAGAGCCGGGAGGGCUUGCUGGACAGCCCCGACUCCGGGCUGCCCCCCAGCCCCAGCCCCAGCCCGCCCUUCUACUCCCAGGCGCCUGGCAUCCUCGACGCCCGCGCCGGGGGCGCCGGCGCCUCCUCGGAGCCCACGGGACCCGGCGAGGUCAGAGCGCCCCCUGCCCUCCCCCCAAGUGCCCCGGCUCGAGAGAUGAGGCCCCGGAUGCUGCCUGUGUUCUUUGGGGAGAGCAUCGAAGUGAACCCUGAACCCACACACGAGAUCCGCUGCAACUCGGAGGUCAAGUACGCCUCAGAGAAGCACUUCCGGGACAAGGUCUUCUAUGCUCCGGUGCCCACGGUCACCGCCUACAGCGAGACGAUCGUGGCAGCGCCCAACUGCACUUGGCGCAGCUACCGCAGCCAGCUGACCCUGGAGCCCCGGCCCCGCGCGCUGCACUUCCGCAGCACCACCAUCAUCUUCCCCAAGCACGCCAGCAGCUCCUUCCGCACCACCCUGCACCUCAGCCUGGGCCGGCCCCGCCGCUGGUUCACGGCCAGCGUGCAGCUGCAGCUGUGCCAGUGCCCUGGACCCGGCCUCCUGGGCCCCGCCGCGCUCUGAUGGGUGGCCAGCCCCGCUGCCGGAGGACGGACUCUGCAAUCACGAUCGGUGGGCCGGAAGCUGGGGCUGGAGGGAGGUGGGAGGCCUGGCCGACUGCCUGGCCCGCUCCCCCGGCUGCAUCCUGUCUGGUCUGCAUGGCCAACUAAUCAACACAACUAUCUUAUUAGCACCUACACAGCAUGAGGCAGCGGGGGCCUGGCUGCUGGCCCACGAGGAGCACCUGGUGGGUAGGAAGUGGCUGCCCCGAUGGGCAGGGAGAGAAGGAGACAUGGGCAGGGAGAGAAGGAGACGUGUGUCCUUGGCUGCCCCUGAAGCGGGGGACACCCUGAGUGCUGGCAGGAGGGAGGCGUCCCAGCCUUGGCUGGAGGUGGGUGCUCUUUAGCACCUGGGCCCCCCACCCCGCUGCCCCAGCUCCCAGGCUGCAUGUGAGGGCAGAGGGGUGUCAUCCAGGCACCACCACAUGCUCCUGGAGAGGGCUGUUUCCGGAGCUGGACUUUGAACUGUGUGCAGCUGAACACCCAGAGCCGUGGCCUGGCAGCCUCUGUCGGACAGUGGACACUGAUGCUGCGGCUAAUGUUGGAAGCGUGGGGAGCAGCCUGGGAUGGACCAGCCUGAGCUGCCCAGGGCCUGAGCCCCAGUGUGAGGGAUGGAGGGCAGAGCUGUCUGCACUGAGGCCUUUGAGCAUUGUGUCCAGAGCCUCAUUUUGGGGCCUCCCGCUAAUCCCUGUUCGCCAGAGCCCUCAAGCCAGGUGCCCAGGGAGGCAUGGAAGGGCUCAGAAAUGACCACAGCCCCUAUGCCAAGAUCCCCGGCAGCUGACAGCUUAAAGCGAUUCUGUGGGGCAGGGCGGGGGGGUGGUCAGCCACCCUCACUCAGGCCUCCUGCCCCUCCUGUGAUGACUCUUCCAGGACCAGUGCUGCUGGGCGCCCCUUACACAUGCAGGUCGGGAGAGGGAGAGGAUAAGCCAGGAUGCUCGGGGCUGCCCAGGACGAAUGCCCCAGAAGACCCUGAUGUGGCCAAGGAGCUGCUGUCAGAGCUGAAUGGAUCCAGUGGAUGGGGCCGCCCCCGCCACUCCCCAGGCCGCCCCCUGCAAUGUGGAGCAGAGGCUGGGGCUUUAGCUUCCUCGUCGGGGGCCGAGGGGUGACUCGAAGCUCACGUUCAGGGGAGGCAAAGUGACUGAUAUAUUUUACGUAUCUACGCAGACUGUGCUUGUUCUCUCCACAGAGAUGCUUUCUGAUUAACAAAGAAAUAACUUAAGAAUCAACUGAUUAUCUUAAUAAAACAUGCAAACCCAAA